UUGCGAACACUUUUGUUUACAGAUGUCGAUGAAUGCAGCGAUAAAAUCCAUGUUUGCGAUGUGAAUGCAAAGUGCACAAACACCAAUGGUUCUCAUAACUGCACCUGUACGGAUGGAUACAUUGGGGAUGGGCAAUCAUGUCAAGGAGCAUUAAUAACUAUAUUAAUAACUACAUGAGUAACUGAGAACAUGUUCAAUAAUGAAUUGAAUGAUUGCCAGACAAAGUUACCUCUCAUUCAUCACUUCAGAUAUCGAUGAAUGCAGCAAUGGAAGCCAUGUGUGUGAUGUGAAUGCAAACUGUACUAAAACUGGUGGCUCUUACAACUGCACCUUAAAGAAAGGCUACGCUGGGGAUGGAAGACGUUGCCAAGGUACAUGUUGUAACUUUUAUUAACAUCUUUGAAUGUAUUUUUUUUUUAACUCGUACGUUUCUUUUGGUGUCUUUUAAUGUCGAAAUAAUAGGUUGAUGCGCGAAAAAAUCGAGAGGUCGGACUUUGAUGUUGAAGUUUUGGGUUUUGUUGCUUUAUUUACUGGAAAUCGAACCUCAAGAGAACAUUUUAGCUCGGAUUUCCAAUUCUUUAAACUUCAAAAACUAGUUGAACACUUCAUAAGAAUACACCUUUUCCGAUAACUAUUUUCACAAGAGCACUUUCGUCACGCAUCUCAAAUUCUGUUCCUCGUGCAACUUCAAUUGUAAGGAAUGAUAGAUGAGGAUCAAGCGUGAAGAACAGCUUAAGCAUUUGAAGCAUCAAAUUGUUCAUGAAAGUAGAAAUUGUUGUGAAGCAACUUUUUCCUACAUGCACGGUAUUUACUGAGAGGAAGAUACGACUGCAACAAAGAUUCUAGUUAAGUGAAAAUUAAGUUUGAGCCCGAUUUAUCUUCUUUCUGCUUAUUUUUUUCUCUCUGUUUAAUUGCACGUUUUCACAUCACAUAACCUUCUAGAUGUCGAUGAAUGCAGCAAUGGAGACCAUGCUUGUGAUAAGAAUGCAAACUGCACCAACACCAAAGGUUCUAACUUUUGUACCUGCAAGGAAGGAUAUACUGGGAACGGAAAGUCAUGCCAAGGUACAUCAUUAGAUUAG